GAGGACGGGAUAUCUAGCAGAAGUCUGUGGGCAUUUCCUUACAUCUGGACAUUGGCCAUGCGACCCGGCAGCUUCCAGAAAUUUGCUCAGAGUUGUAGUAAAUUGUGGUGACCUAGUGACGAGCGGUCACCUCAUGCACAUUAAUAGCUUGUCUUAAGUGAACUCCGCACAUGUCUGGAUCCGUCACCCUGAGCCCCCUCCUCCACAGCACGCACCUCUGUACCCUAUCUAGCUCUGGCCGCUCUACGAUCCACAGACGUUCACGUGGCGCCCAAUGCGUGCAUUCUGUCUCCCUAUUGGCUGGCGGCCGGCGCCUGAGCCGCUGUGAUUGGCUGAGUAAACUAGUUCACGUGAAGCGCGGAGUGGGACGGAACACCGGCUUCUUUAACAAUGAGAGAGAUUCGUGGUGGGGGAGUUGGCUCGGUAGCCGGAGGUGAGCGCUUGUGCUUUGACGGUCUGACGGGAUGGAGAGGCCCUCAGUGUGCAGCUCGUCCAGCCCGCUCCCCGGGACUGUAGCCAGCAGCUCUGUGAGGGGAAACUAAGACAACGGACCAUCAAACGUUUCUUCCUUCCUGUCGUGGAUACAAUUUCUUUGUCGUCAGCUCUUCUUUCUAUACGUGCUCAAUGCCCAGGAUUGUUUCACAGAUGAACUCAACCAGUGUUCUGGACUUCUUUCCACCGAAGCCAACCAUGGCCCUGGAUAUUGCUAUGAAGUUUUAUCUGCAUUCUCCAACACUGAAACGCGACAAUUUGGAUUGCAGAAUAGGACCUAAACCAGACAAGCCUCUGAGACCAUGCAUCCAGCCAAAUGACAAAUUACUCACAGAGAUAAACAACCAGGAGAACAAAGUUAAAAAAAGGGUCUCCUUUGCCGACAGCAGGGGUUUAUCCCUUACGAUGGUAAAGGUGUACUCUGAGUUCGAUGAUCCCUUGGAAAUCCCUUUCAACAUAACAGAGUUGAUAGACAACAUUUACCACCUGACCACUUUGGAGAAAGAGCACCUUGUUUUGGACUUUGCCCAGCCUGCAGCAGACUACUUGGAUUUCAGGAACCGUCUUCAGACAGAAUAUGUUUGUCUAGAAAAUUGUAUGCUCAAAGAGCGAUCGCUUGUUGGCACAGUGAAAGUGAAAAAUCUCGCCUUCCAGAAAUGUGUCAAGAUACGAAUGACUUGUAAUUCUUGGCGAACUUUUACAGAUCAUGAGUGUCAGUACGUUAAAGACACCUAUGCUGGGUCUGAUAGGGACACGUUUUCUUUUGACAUUGUCCUGCCUGAUGACAUCCAUGCACAAGAGAGGAUAGAAUUUGCAGUUUACUUCGAAUGCAGUGGCAAAAUGUACUGGGACAGCAAUAAAGGACAAAAUUACAGAAUAAUUCGUUCAGGCUUUAAGAGCCGUCACUGUGAGUCUGAUUAUAGUGUUUCUCUAGAUCAGUUUGGAAGCCCCAGGUGCUCAUAUGGUAUAUUUCCAGAAUGGGCCGGCUACUCUGGGUUUGACAAACAAGGACCUUACUAUUAAAAUAGCAUGAGCUGAAAACUGUCCUGUAAGAUAGUCGAGCCAGUCCUGACACUAGAUUUGGGUUGUGAUGUGAAUGUAUCUGGUGAAUGCCAUUAGUUAGGACUCAGAACCUGUACUAGGUUAUAUGUUUCUGCUUCCUGGAUUGGCACCUUUUGUUACUAUAAGGGUAAAAGCUAGGAAUUGCUGCUAAAAUUUUUUCCUUUCCCAACCAAAAUGCUGCUAGACUUCUACUGAAGAUACAUUAGUUUUCAUGACAAUUGACUCUUCCUGAUCCCUGUUUAACCUCUUAUUAAAAGAUGGCUCGGUUUUACAAAAACAUUUUUGGAGGUAAUAAUGUGUAACAUUGCCGAUUCCUCCUAAUUCUGCUCAGGUAAAAUCUUUUGUAGUCUGCUGGAACUGAAUUAAUGUUUGUUUGCACUUCCCCACCCUAAGCACAUACGCUGCACCUGUUUUUAUGACACUUCCAGUGGUGCCGGAAUAAGACUUACACAGUUUCUAGGUUUCUUUUUUUUAACUGUUAUGCUUGGCAAAUGAGGGAACUUAUCAGUUCUGUAAAGUUUCUCUUUAUCUGUGUGUGCAUCACAUGAAUUGUUUUUUCUUUUUCUUGUCACUUAAAUCGGUGCCUUUAAAAUGGUUAAUUUCUACAUCUUGGACCUUCCACCGCUCACUUGCACAUGUAUGUUUGCAGUCUUGUAUGUUUCCAUUACUGUUGUAAUUUAGCAAAUUAUGUAUUUAUUACACUUUUUUUUUUAUUUAUACUCUUGGUGGAUGCAGGUGUCCACUUAGUAUAAAACUCAGUAGUGUAGAUUGUUAUUAUAUAAUUUUUUUUUUUUUUUUUUUCUCUCUCUUAAUUCAGAUGAGAAAAAUGGGCAUCCUAUUGUGUGUGGUGAUGCCCUCCUUGAAUUGAGACCAGUACACAAAUGACUGUGGUAGGGCUUGUUUAUGUUCAUGCCUAGAGCAGGUAUAGCUAUGGAAACAUAUUUAUUGGAUAGUGUGCUGGAUCUGAUAAUGGAUUAAAGUAUACUACCAUUGUUUCCUAUCCAUUACAUCUUAUUAGGUCAGAAAUUGCUGUCACUUGUGACUAUAGAGAUGGUGUCUUGUCAUGGUCAGUGGGACCCAAUAAUGAAGUGACUGGUACGCUUUGCCACCACCCUUCAUUAGAGCCAUUUUCAGUGACUUUUGAAAGUAUCCUCCCCUCCACGCACUACUUUCCCUUACUCAACUUUGUAGUAGUGUCUUGUUUUGUUUGCUUUUCAGCAUAGAUGUCCAAAAAGUGUAAAGGCACCAGGUUUGUCAGAAUAUUUAUGUAUAACAUGAGUUCCCCCGAGAACUUACAAAACUAAAUGUGAAAUGUUUGGCUAUUGGGAAGUGUCAAUAUUUGAUUAACUACUUUCCAAAAUGCAUUUAUAGGGAUACAUUUUAUUUUUUCCCAUUUUUGCAGAGAUUUUGAACUCUACACAAACAGUGCCUUGUUCCUGCAUGUUUAUAUUUUAAGUAAAAAGUUAACUUUGUACACAAGUCAUUGGGUACAACAUAUGCACUUUAUAAUCACAAUUGAAAUUUGUCUAUUUUUAGAAUUGAAAUGGUUGUUUUUAAAGUGAAUUGUAAUAAAGGUAAAGCAUUUAAAGG